CCUCGUCUCUUUUGGUCUCUCGAUGGCUUCGCAAACUCGAAGCUCGAUCCGAUUUACGGUGCUGUUGUUGAUUUGGGUGGCGGCAAUCGAGCUAUCCAUGGAGCCGGUGGAGUGCCGGAGAAGUAAAUCGCACGGCCACGGCCGAAGGGGUUACUACGCCGGCUCGGCGCUGACAGGGAUGCCUCCCAGGGCCUAUACGGCGUCAGUGAAGGAUUUUGGAGCAGUGGGCGAUGGUGUGACAUCCAACACGGAGGCUUUCCAUGCGGCGAUUGCUAAUCUGAGCCAGUACUCGGAGAACGGUGGUGCGAAGCUGGUGGUGCCCGCCGGGAGAUGGCUUACCGGGCCGUUCAACCUCACCAGCCACUUCACCCUUUUCCUUGAACAAGACGCCGUCAUCCUUGCUUCCCAGGAUCUAAAUGAAUGGCCGAUCAUCGAUCCAUUGCCUUCUUAUGGGAGAGGAAGGGACUUGCCAGGAGGAAGGUACACCAAUUUCAUCCAUGGUGCCAACCUCACUGAUGUGGUUAUCACUGGGGAUAAUGGAACAAUUGAUGGACAGGGAGAAAUCUGGUGGCAGAAAUUUAAAAACAAUGAACUGAACUACACACGUGGAUAUCUGGUAGAAUUGAUGUUUUCAGAUCACAUCAUAAUAUCGAACCUUACAUUUGUCAACUCCACUUCAUGGCAUAUUCAUCCAGUCUACAGCAGCUACAUAGUAGUCUCAGGAAUCACAAUUCUUGCCCCAAUCAUUUCACCAAACACAGAUGGAGUUAAUCCAGAUUCCUGUUCCCAUGUUCGAAUAGAGGACUGCUACAUUGUCUCUGGCGAUGAUUGUGUUGCUAUAAAAAGUGGAUGGGAUGAAUAUGGCAUCACCUUUGGCAUGCCGAGCCAGCACAUCAUCAUCCGAAGGCUCACCUGCAUCUCCCCCACCAGUGCCGUCAUUGCUCUUGGGAGUGAGAUGUCUGGUGGCAUCCAAGACGUGAGAGCUGAAGACAUCACCGCAAUCAACUCUGAGUCCGGUGUCAGGAUCAAGACUGCCCCAGGACGUGGUGGCUUUGUGAAGGACAUCUUUGUUCGGCGCAUGAAUUUGUACACAAUGAAGUGGGUGUUCUGGAUGACUGGAAACUAUGGGCAGCACCCAGAUGACAAGUAUGAUCCAAAUGUAAUGCCAUUGGUCCAUGGGAUUAGUUACAGCGAUGUUAUAGCUGAAAAUGUCACAAUGGCCGGGAAUCUGUUGGGCAUUGAGAGAGCCCCAUUCACAGGGAUCUGCAUCUCUAAUGUCACAGCUGAUAUGGCGAAGUCUAAGAAACUGCCAUGGAAUUGCAGUGACAUUUAUGGCAUUACAAGCUCUGUGAGUCCUACUCCUUGUGCUUUACUUCCUGACCAGGGGAGCGAUGCACCACCAUGUCCAUUUCCGACUGAUGAACUGCCCAUUGAUGGUGUUGAACUCAAUCAGAACUCAUAUUGGUAAUGUGAUUUUUUUAAUUGCCAUGCGGUUUACUUAAGCUAAGUAACUUCGAUAUAUUAUUGGCCUUGAUUUCUUGAUCUUUAAUAUAGAUAUGAGCAUUGAUAAACAAGGACAAGUUCACCUUAAAUGGGUGUUUUGAUUUGAUUCCUGAACUCCAAAUAUAUACACUAUUGUUUAACCA